AUGCUUUCCUUUCUUGCAAAAAAGGUUCCCCGAACAAGGACGGCGACCCAGAACCCUGUGGUAUUUGACGGCGGCCGGGCGUCGAUCGAGUUCAAGUCCCCAGCUGACCGGUACUUGGUCAUCAACCGCUGGCCUCCCAAUUCAAAUGAAGCAAACAGAAACAUCGCCCUACGUCCACCGCUUCAUUGGCAUCGUUACCAGACUGAAACCUUUCAUGUUCUCGAGGGCAAAGCUAAAUUUACCUGCGAUGGACAUGAAAUUAUUAAAUCUAAAGCAGAGACGAUGGUCAUAGCACCGAGGACAAUCCAUACAUUCUGCAACGCAAGCGAAGUUGAGGAACUGGUUAUUGAGUUUGUGCUCGAGCCUAAAUCGAAGGGAAGGGACGAGGCGUUCUUCCGUGCGUGGAAUGUUCAAUCUUAUCGGGACGAUUGUCGGAAAGCCGGUUGCUCUCGAAGUCUGCCCCAGCUAUUGCUGUUCAAUUGGCUAGGUGAUGUUGUCCCUGUGUUCCCAGGUCCAGCUUAUGUUAUGCGACCACUGGGUGUGUUCAUGAAUUUUGUCGGGGGUCUUUUGAUUGGGAAGUAUAUACUUGGCUACCGAGAGUCAUAUCCGGAGUAUUAUAAGCCUCAUCAAUAG